AUGUCGCCCCAUGGUCUUGUGGUCAAGUGGGCACGAGGUGAUGGUGGCCUCGUGGACAGGGAGGAAAGAGCGGUCAAGAGUUACCGCCACUCCGCCGGGGAUGAUGCGCUGCGGCGCGGCCUGGGCGCCAUCCUCUGUGCGGGCACGCUGCACGGCCAGGUCGCCUCUGCUCAUCCACGCCUGGGGUGGUGGAGCGUGCCUGGCAUGCCUACCGUGCAAGCCGCAAACGGCAGCCAGCAGACGCUGCUGAUGGCGCCGCUGGAGGCCGCGUGCGGCGAGAACCUGGCGCGGUGGCAGGCGCUGCUGCCCUGCGGCGUGCGCGCCGGGCUCGCGGCCGCCCUGGCCCCCGUCGCCCGCGUUACUGGGGCGGCCACCUGGCGCUCAUACGUACUCGCUUUGCAGAGUGACGGCGCCGGCGGCGCAGUCAUGGACCUGGUGCUGCACCUGGUCGGGCCGAAGGCGGGGCUCCAGGCGCUGGCGGAAACUGGGACGCGGGCCUGCCCGGCGGCGACGAGCUCUCCUGCACUGGGGCCUGGGGUGCGGGGGCCUCCUCUGCUCGCUCCAAAUUUUGUGACCACAGCUGCACGCGUCGAGGCCUGGAGCUUCGUCACCCACCCCUCACCCACCUCGGGGCGGCUGGCGGCGACGGUGCGCGCCGUCGAAGGGGCGCUGGGGCCGGGGCGCCUGCACGUCGUGCAGCUCGUGCCGCGCGCCCUGCGUGUGGUUGAUGCACAGACGACCCUGCUGGACCCGCGCCCGGGCUUGCAUACGCUGUGGGAGCGACACGAGACAGACGAGGUAUCAGGCGACGCAUUGUUGGAGUUGGAGGUGGAGGUGCCGGCGGGGAUGGCGGCUUCAACCCACGGCACCGCCACACCCCUCCUCCGCCUUGACUGCUGGUUCGACCGCUUCAUUCUGCCCGUGGGGGACUACCCUGCCGACGCCUCGCGUGGCAUCGCCCUGCCUGGGGCCAUCGUCACGUGGACGCCCCAUGUGGACGGCGCUCCGUGCGCCGACAGCAUCUGCACCGCUGCGGCCCACCAGGUCAGCGCCGGCCACGCGCUGGUCGCCCUGCCCAUCCCGGACUUCAGCAUGCCCUUCAACGUUGCGAGCUUCACCGCCCUCGCCCUCUCCCUCAUCUUCGCUUCCGUCCUGUCUGUGCUCCUCCGGGACGAUGCAGCGGGCAGCCCGGCAACAGACCCUUUAGGGCAGGGAGUGGCAAAGGUCCUGGCCCGGAAGCUGGCCCUGGCCCUGCUGCUGGCCGGCGUGCUCAUCACUGCAUUCGACCCCGGGCCCCUGGAGGGCGUCCUGCGUGGAUGGACCUGGGCCUGA